AUGGAGGGGAAUAGGAGGGCGCGCCGGAAUAUGACCGAGCAGACGCGUACGAGAGAAAGACUCUCUGGACUGCGGCGACGGGGACAGAAGUCGCGGUCGAUGGGCGAGUGGUAGGUAGAAAUGUGGAUGUUGUUGUUAUGAGAAAUGAGGAGAAGAUGGUGUGGCUUGAAUGAGGGCUUUGGCCUUUGGAUGUGGAAGGUGGAGCGGAGACAGCAGGCAGAGACGACCGACUUCUGAAAGUGGGUGCUUCGGCAAAGCCAGAGACAAAGACAACGAUAGAAUGUCGGUCAGCGACGAUGAAGAAUUCAACAAGCCGAUCGAUUGCACAUGGACAAGACGAUUGAGAAGGAAAAUGUCACUGGCAGAGAGGGCGCAGGGAACACGACGCGAAUCAGAGUUGAAGGAUUCUGGCAGUUAUUUGAGCGAGCUUGUUAUUGCUGCCGGCGGCUUGCGCCCACCAGAAGACGCGCACCAGCAGAAGCUCGAAUCACCCUCGAACCUCGUUUGUUGGGACGACUUUUGCCCAUUUGAUUCAAACAUGCCAUUCCGGCCUCCCAGCACUUGCCAUCGUCAUUCCCUGCUGAUCCGCAUUUCCGAUCAACUAUGUCUUCCUUUUCGUCUUGCUCGACUCCUCGGCACGUUGCGAGAUGGAACUGAUGUCAAGAAUAUACUUUGCGACCAUCGCAUCCGGGCGGGACAGCUCAGCCACAGCUCUUUUUGUGGCUGCGAAUUGCACUGCGCCUCCAGUUUGAACACGGUAAACGUCCACUCGUAGCAACCACCCGGCAUCUAAGGCAGUGGAUCGAAGAACUGCAUGACAAGGCAAAUGCAACUCGGCCGCUCGAGUAGCAAACAUGGAGGAAGAUUCACUACUACCCGCCCAAUCAACACAAUGAUGCCCGAGAUGUGCAAUGGUGGGGUCAAUGACAUUCAAGCUUGAAGAAAGUCGGCAAUUCCUUCUGUCGCAGAACUUGCUGCUUCUGUUUGACGAGACGUGCAUCUGCCUGUUUCUUCAACACCCAUCUUCACAUGUCUUGCAGCACCAACUUUCUUUGUCGUGCCUCGUCGUCCUUUGUCGCCGACAUCUCAACUGUCGGCUCCGCUUGAA